UUCGCUGUCGUCCCUUUAUCCCAGCAGCCGCCGCCAUGAAGGUCGAGCUGUGCAGUUUUAGUGGGUACAAGAUAUACCCCGGACACGGGAGGCGCUACGCCAGGACCGACGGAAAGGUUUUCCAAUUUCUUAAUGCAAAAUGCGAGUCGGCUUUCCUAUCCAAGAGGAAUCCUCGGCAGAUAAACUGGACUGUCCUCUACAGAAGGAAGCACAAAAAGGGCCAGUCGGAAGAAAUUCAAAAGAAGAGAACUCGGCGUGCAGUCAAAUUUCAGAGGGCCAUCACUGGUGCAUCCCUUGCUGAUAUCAUGGCCAAGAGGAAUCAGAAACCAGAAGUUAGAAAGGCUCAACGAGAGCAAGCUAUUAGGGCUGCCAAGGAAGCAAAAAAGGCUAAGCAGGCAUCUAAAAAGAUGGCAAUGGCUGCUGCUAAGGCUCCCACAAAGGCAGCACCUAAGCAAAAGAUUGUGAAAACUGUGAAGGUUUCUGCUCCCCAAGUUGGUGGAAAACGCUAAAUUGGCAGAUGAGAUUUUAAAAUAAAGAUGUCUAUAACUUAGAUGGUGUUGAAUUUUUGCUCCUAAACAGGCAUGUUGGGUCCACAUGGUAAUAGGUGUACAGUAAAGUUGAGAAUUUAAGACAAUUUCAAGUUCAUCUCUUGGGGCUGGGGGUACUGAUCAAAAUUGUAGACUAUUUGGUUAGUAUACAUGUGCUCUGGGUUUGAUUUCCUGUGCCAAAAUAAAAUGAAAGUUCAUUUCUCAGAAAUAAUGCCUUCUGAUGUAACCCUUUUAAUUGGAGAAAUGUUAAGAUAACACAAUAAAGAUAUAUGGUUGAA